UAUGUUCCCUCUCUGGCUCUGGGGUUUCCUGGAGUGCUUCUUUUCGUCUUCGCCCUGACCUCCCAUCUCUUCUUACUCGUCCGACAUCGAACAUGGUUUUCCAGCACGGUUGUCGUCGGUCUGGUCAUGGAGAUCAUCGGCUAUUUCUUUCGACUGCUGGAACAGAAUCCAUACGCCGUCUCGUCUCGUCUCGUACUUUGUCGCCCAUUACUUCUGCAUCGUGGUCGCUCCCGUCUUCUUUUGGGCCGCCAUCUAGACCAUCAUGUCCGUCAUGGUCGACGUCGUUGUGCGAAAAUAUGCUCCGCUCUCGCCGCGGUUGAUCUGGGGGGUU